CGGUAUCCGCUAGUAUCCGGUAAAGUCCACGUUUCUUCUUUUCGUCGUAAGGUUUGUCGCGUGGAGACGUGUGUUCAGUAGUUUUCCGUAAUCGGAUUUCAUCCGCGCUUUCUUGUAGAAAUUUUUAACAGAAACUACUACGAUGCCUCCCAAAUUCGACCCAAAUGAAAUCAAGAAAGUAUAUUUGCGAUGCGUUGGUGGUGAAGUGGGAGCUACCUCCUCUCUUGCCCCAAAAAUUGGUCCCCUUGGUUUGUCUCCCAAAAAAGUUGGUGACGACAUUGCCAAGGCUACCAGUGACUGGAAGGGUCUGAAGAUCACGGUUCAACUCACCAUUCAGAACAGGCAAGCCACAAUCUCAGUCGUGCCGUCUGCGGCUUCCCUGAUAAUCAAGGCCCUCAAAGAGCCACCCAGGGAUCGCAAAAGGCAGAAGAACAUUAAGCACAGUGGAAAUUUAUCGUUUGACGAUAUCGUUUCCAUUGCCCGCUCUAUGAGACCGAGAUCAAUGUCGCGUACACUUGCCGGUACCGUCAAAGAGAUCCUGGGCACGUGUCAGUCGGUUGGAUGCACCAUAGAAGGCAGGCCACCUCAUGAUCUCAUUGACGACAUAAACGCUGGAGAAUUGGAAGUUCCUGAGGAAUAAUUUUGACUUUUGUAAGGUGCAGAAAAUAAAACUUU